GUUAUGUAUAUAAAUGAUCAAAUAUUUUACUAUAAAAUAAUUAAAUAUAUAAACGAUUUUAUACUUAAAACAUGUUUCAUUGGAAGAAAGUCUUAGGAAUUAAUUUACAUGGAUCUUUGAGACAAUUACAUGCUUCAAAAAUUUUACAAAAAGCUGUUAUAAUAAAUGGUAAAGAAAUAGCCGAUGAGAUUCAAAAUGAAUUAAAAGCAACUAUUCAGGAUUGGAUAAAUGAUAAUAGAAAGAGACCUAAACUCGUAGCCAUAAAGGUUGGAAAUGAUCCAGCUAGUAAAGUAUAUGUUGAAAGAAAGAUGAAAGCUGCAAACUUCAUUGGAAUUGAAAAUUAUGUUAUUCAUUUAAAAGAAAAUAAUUCGCAGCAAGAUCUUAUUAAAGAAAUUGAUUAUUUAAAUAAAGAUGAAAAUGUAGAUGGGAUUAUCGUGCAAUUGCCAUUACCAAAACACAUGAAUGAACAUGAAAUAUGUCAAGCAAUUAUACCAAAUAAAGAUGUUGAUGGUUUCCAUUUAGAGAAUUUGGGUAAUUUAGCAUUAAAUAACAGUAGGUUUAUUCCGGCAACUGCUUUGGCUGUAAAAGAAUUAAUAAUUAGGAGCAAUAUUGAAACUUUUGGAAAAAAUGCAGUGGUAGUGGGAAGGUCUAAACAUGUUGGGUUACCAAUUGCAUUACUUUUACAUGCUGACAGCAAAGAUGAAAUAGGUGCAUUAGAUAUGACUACAACAAUAUGUCAUCGCCAUACUCCUCAUACUGAAUUAGAAAAAUUUACAAAAUUGGCAGAUUUGGUAGUCGUUGCAGCUGGUAUUCCUGGCUUAAUUACUAAGGAAAUGAUAAAGCCAGGGGCAUGUGUAAUUGAUGUAGGGAUUACAAGAAUAAAGAUGGACAAUAAAUACAAAUUAGUAGGAGAUGUAGAUUUUGAAAAUGUUCAGGCAAUUGCUGGGCAUAUAACUCCAGUACCAGGAGGUGUAGGUCCUAUGACUGUAGUAAUGUUAAUGAAAAAUACUAUUUUAGCAGCUAAAAGAAAUUAUAACAACUCAAAAUCAUCUGUACUUUAAAAUAUUAAUGUUUAAGAAUAUGGACCAUACAUAAUUCACAGCACAGUAUUGAUAUAUAUAUAUAUAUAAAAUAUUAUGUUUUCCUGUGGAAAUAAAAUGGAAAUAAUAA